AUGGCAUCUGGUAAUAGCUUGAAAUUUACUUUUUCACUGAUAAUUUCCUUGAUUGAAUUAUUGAGUUGUGGAUAUGUUGAGAAAAAUAUGAAAUGGUUUACCCAGAUCUUAGUGACUAGUAAUAAUAGUGGGUGCUUGGAUCUACACCAUGAUCAUGGGCUUAUCUCUAGUGGCAUUGAAUUUAAUAGAUUCGUGGUGAGUAGAAAAGAUGGAUUCAUAGUUGUUCUUUACUGGAACAUGAAUGAAGAAGAUGAUAUGGAAGAGAUUGAAUUGCCUCCUAAAGUUUGUGACUUGUUUAAUGGGAAUUGGGUUUUCAAUCCUAUGACUCACCCUUUGUAUAAAGAAGACCAAUGCGAGUUCCUGACAACCCAAGUGACUUGUAUGAGGAAUGGAAGAAGAAACUCUCUGUGUCAACAUUGGAGAUGGCAUCUCAAAGAUUGUAAUCUUCCAAAGUUCAAUGCAAGAUUGUUUCUGGAGAAACUUAGAAACAAGAAGCUCGUGUUUGUGGGGGACUCAUUGAAUAGAAACCAGCAGGAAUCCAUAAUAUGUUUUGCUCAGUCUGUAAUUCCUCUUGGGAGAAACAGCCUGGUAAAGAAUGGAUCUCUCUCUGUUUUUAGAAUUGAGAAUUAUAAUUCUACAGUAAAGUAUAAGUGGGAGACAAAAGGGUCUGGGAAUUUGCUUAUGUUGGCUUAUCCUCUACAUGUGAAACUUCUUAUGAAUGAUACUGAAGUGAUACACAAAGGAAUUAAGCCAUUUUCUUUGAACGACUUGGGCAUUUUAUUGGAUGAUGGUAAUGGAAUUUUUUUAUCUGGUUUUUGUGAAAACUGA